AUGCAGGCAACGAGAAGAGGAGUCAGAUGGCGAGAGCAUUGGGCAGCACGAUUUAGCGGCGCUGCAGCAAGCGUUCUGAAGGGGUCAAACAAGUCGGUCCCACAAGCCUCACAGGCAUCAACCGCAGUGGCGUGCUGGUCCACGCCUUUCACAGGCACCGGUGUGAAGACUGGAGAGGUCUUUUCGGGUGUCCUGGCAGUUCCUACUCUGAAGUGUUUUAUGCUACGUUGGCUUCCAUGCUACGUCGGGCAACUAGGGGCAAUGCUUUUUGGUCGGCAGCGCCUCCAUGUGAUGUUUUCACAUCCAAAGAAGUACACUUCGUUUGGACCAUCCGAGGUCCGAACACUUUUGGAUGUGGCAUUCGAUGAUCAUGACACGCCUCCUUUUUUCGCGGACCGGGCCGGCUGGCUUGAUGCUUACGAGUGA